CGUGGGGAGCCCCGAACACAACAUCAAUAUCAUGUUCCCUUGCUGACGUAAUGAGUGAACAGCUGGCAAAAGAGCUGCAGCUGGAAGAAGAAAAUGCUGCUUUUCCUGAAGUGGUUGCUGUUGCUGAAGGACCGUUUAUUACAGGAGAAAAUAUUGACACUUCUAGUGACCUAAUGCUAGCUCAGAUGCUGCAGAUGGAAUUUGACAGGGAAUAUGAUGCACAGCUUCGGCGUGAAGAGAAGAAGAUCAAUGGAGAUAGCAAAGUCUCCAUAUCCUUCGAAAAUUAUCGGAAGGUGCAUCCCUAUGACAGUGACAGCUCAGAGGAUGAGGUUGAUUGGCAGGAUACCCGUCAUGAUCCUUAUAGAGCAGAUAAACCUACUACAACACCAAGAAAGGGCUUUAUAGGAAAAGGAAAAGAUAUUACUACUAAACAUGAUGAAGUGGUAUGUGGAAGAAAGAACACUGCUCGCAUGGAAAAUUUUGCACCUGAAUUCCAAGUUGGGGAUGGAAUUGGGAUGGACUUAAAGCUGUCAAAUCAAGUCUUCAAUGCCUUAAAGCAACACGCGUACUCUGAGGAACGUCGAAGUGCAAGGCUACAUGAAAAGAAGGAGCACUCCACUGCUGAGAAAGCAGUGGAUCCUAAAACGCGUUUACUUCUGUACAAGAUGGUCAAUGCUGGGAUGCUGGAAACCAUAACAGGCUGCAUCAGCACAGGAAAAGAAUCCGUUGUUUUUCAUGCAUAUGGAGGAAAUGCAACUGAAGAUAAAGUUAUACCUCCAGAAUGUGCCAUCAAAGUGUUUAAAACAACUCUUAAUGAAUUCAAGAACCGUGACAAAUACAUUAAGGAUGACUACAGAUUUAAAGACCGCUUCAGUAAAUUGAAUCCACGAAAGAUUAUUCGUAUGUGGGCUGAGAAAGAAAUGCAUAACUUAACAAGAAUGCAAAAUGCAGGAAUUCCUUGUCCUCAAGUGGUUAUCCUUAAGAAACACGUCUUGGUUAUGUCUUUCAUUGGCCAGGAUCAAGUCCCAGCUCCUAAACUAAAGGAUGUAACACUUAGUAGUGAAGAUAUGAAAAAGGCCUACUAUCAGAUUCUUAAUAUGAUGCAACAGUUGUAUAAGGAGUGCAACCUGGUCCAUGCAGAUUUGAGUGAAUACAACAUGCUUUGGCAUGAUGGGAAGGUCUGGCUUAUUGAUGUCAGUCAGUCUGUGGAGCCAACCCAUCCUCAUGGACUUGAGUUUCUGUUCAGAGACUGUAGGAAUGUUUCACAGUUUUUCCAGAAAGCAGGUGUGGCAGAAGCACUUAAUGAGCGUGAACUCUUCAAUGCUGUCUCAGGUUUUAAAAUUACAGCUGACAAUGAAGUAGACUUCCAAGCAGAGAUUGAAGCUUUGGAGAAGAUGAACGAAGAUCACGUGCAGAAUCAUGGAAAGAAACUGGCAAUGUUUUCAGGUGAUGGAGACCCACCUAUAUAUGAUGAAUAGCACCGAGUGCGGAGCUGCU